AGUACGAUUUCUCUCGUGUGGUGGGCUUAGUUACCCGGUUAGAACAACCGUGAUGUUAUCGCAUGUGUAAUUAGGCCUAGUGGUAGUUAGUUAGUGGAAUCGAGACGUUAAUGCGGCAAGGACAUGAACGAGAACAACGGAGAACGCCCUUGCUGCUUUGCACGUACCCCAGUUCAACCCAGGCUGGAACCUGUAGCGAGUUAGGAUAGGGGUGGGACUCAUUUGCAGGAUAGGUUAUGAAGGGUUGGACAGGCUGGCUAAUUGUACAUUAGAACCGGUUGUAGUGGGUUGGAGGGAGAAUGUGUCCCUAGUGACAUUUUCUACCACCUGCACACUAAUGAUAGAUAUGAGGUUAAUUGAGCGGUACUGCGCAUAUGAUCGCUGUCAUGGCAACAAUGGAUAUAUGGACCUGUUUGUCAGCAUGAUAGCUUCGAUUGAACUAGCUUCUCCAUUCGAAUAUAUACAUGACAAUGACAAGUCCGUCAACCCCACCGAAUACUCUGAAGACUCCUCUAAAGACGCAGUUUGCCGUGGAUCUCCACUGCGAAUCAUGCGUCAAAACCGUCAAAACCGCACUUUCACCACUGAAUGGCAUUAGAUCCCUCGACAUUUCGGUUCCAAACAAAACAGUCACUAUAGAAGCCACAACACCUCCCUCUCUACUUUUUCGCACACUCCGUUCAACUGGACUGAACACCGUCCUUCGUGGGCAAUCGUCAUCCGCACAACACCUCGGUGCUGCUGUCUGUAUCUUUGAGUCGUUCCCUGGUGCGAAAGGCUGGGCUCAGACCAAUAACAAGGGCCUCGCUAGGAUGGUGCAAGUGGAUGAUGAGACAUGUUUAGUGGAUGUAACAGUGGAUGGGAUGCCACCCGGUGAACUCUCGGUCUCGCUGCACGAAUGCGGAGAUAUCAGUGGCGGCUGCGAGAGUACGGGAAAGGCCCUCAAAGAAUUUGGUAAGCUGCUUGUGGAUGCGAGCGGGAGAGGGGAUCUGGUAGUAGAGAGUGGAGAUGUAAAGGUUUGGGACGUCAUUGGGAGAUCUAUCGUUUUGGAAAAGUUGCAAAGUUCGAAGCAGUCUGGAGUCCCAAAGAGCGAUUCCGUGUGUGGUAUUAUAGCCCGAUCAGCUGGAGUGUUUGAAAACCCCAAGACAGUGUGUUCAUGUAGCGGGAAGACUUUAUGGGAGGAAUCAACGGCACAUAUCUAAGUUAGGAGUAGAUCUAGUAUAUAGCAUACCAUAGCGCCGCCCUGUUUUGCAUCGCCCGGGUGACAAGUAAUGAACAUACUCAAGUAACAUCUAGAAAUUCAUCCGCGGUCUCGUAUUUUCAUCUG